AUGCCUCCGAGCACCGCUUCAACGCCGGUAUCGUCUUCGGUCGACGAUGAGGUGCCCCCGCCUCCGGAACUGGCACCGCUUAUGGCACAACGGCAGGAGCAAGUCCCUGAGCUUUUCUCCUUAGAGCAUCUUCUCCGGCAAGCGGGCUACAAGGAGACGCGCGUCUUCACGCCAGAGGCCGAGAAGCUCGCUAAUCGGUACAAGCGACAAUUCAGUGACGAGCAAGCCGCCGAACUUGCCGAUCUGUACGCCAGUGUUGGCCAGAAGCACAACAUGGAAAUUCGCCAUAUGACGCAGCAACAUGUUCCUUUCCGUUCUUCCUCCAGCGUCCUCCGAAGCGUCGUUCUCCAAGAUACCGGCGCAAACCAAGCCUUCAAGGACGGGAAACGAACCAACGAUCGGGAAGAAGACGAGUCGUGGUGGGGUUCCAUGUUAAUCAACCGUGCUGCUGAGACGGUGGGCAAGUCGAUAUCGGCGAUGAGCCCGCCGUCGAAUGAGGGGUCGUUGGAACGGAUCAACAUUGGAUUGGGUCUUGCCAAGGGCGGUAACGGCGUCCGGAAAGCCAAGUCGAAUUGGGAGUUGACUCGACGACACUCAACAUCAGGCCCAGACCAAGAAGAUAUCCCGCCAAUUCCUCGUCUCACUCAGUCCGACAACACUCUCACAACUCCGCCUCGGCCAUCUUCAGCCGCUUUCAACGCUUCGGCGCCGCCAGCGAUCGACAGUGUCUUCACAACGCCCCCUAGACUGACGACGGGGCAGCCGGUUUUCGAGGACGAUGAGGGCUUCGGGUGUCCUUUACCCAUGGACUAUGAAAUUCAUGGGGGAAGCGACGACGACAUGUAUAACCUGGGCUACACCGAUAGCUCUGGGACAAACUCAGCCGCUAGCAGUCUCGGUACUCAAAUCGAACCCCGGCGCAUGUCCGCCUCUCCGCCGCUCAGAGACGCUGCCGACGUCCUUGCUGGUUUGGGGCUUGGUCCUUCCGAUGUCUCAGACGCAUUGGCUUCAGCUCCACCCGCCGAUCUCGAGGAUGAGGAUGCCGAUCCCCACGAGAUCGCGUUAGCCGAGCAAGAGGCAGCUGCUAUCGGACAGCGCAUCUUAGCUUCGACUGUCGAAUACGAUGAGGACUCGGACGAGAGUGACGUGCUGUCCCCUCCUCCCCCGGCCCUGUCCAUCGCCCCAACCAGGCGAACGGUGGCGGUCAGCAAGCCUCGAACAGCAACACUUCCUUACCCUGCGACCGCUUGUCCGACAACAGCGAUUGCCGACGCAAUGGGUGACCUCCUGACGGACCCGCUGCCUGAUCGAACACCAUCGGUCGUUGCGUCUGAAACGAAAGCAAAGCUGAGAGCGGCCCAAUCGGCGCCGAUGUUACGCAGCAAGUCACAGCCGUUCCUGCGCAUCAGCCCUGCUGUGGUCGCUCCUCCGACCCUCCAGAUAAUGGCGCCCGUCAUCUGCGAUUCGCAGUCCGACAUGGCUGAGGACCUGCCGCCGUUACCGACGCCGGCUCCGGCCCCCCAACCUACAGGUUUCUCAUCUCUCGCGCUCCGUGCCAAGAAGUCUCUGAAAGCCCUUCGGUCCACAUUCUGGGCCCAACAAGCUGAAGUACCACCGCCGCUCCCCACACCCGAGGACUCGUUCAUCUCGAACAAAACACCUAUCCUUACGCCCAGACUGGACUGGGCUAUGCAAGGGGAGCAUUUUGCUGGCUGGAAUGAUAACAAGGGCCACGGAUUUGGCCGCCAACGCGACUCCAUCGACACUAUGGCUGAGAUCGGAGACCCAUUCGCCAACGCUGGCGAUGUUGAGAUCGAUUACUCGAAAAGCUUCUUCUACAAACCGUCCACGCCGCCUGGACCUGGCGGCUCCAGCGGUCACCAAGGAUCGCCAACGCCGGCUGGCAGAAUGCGUAGACAGCGCUCGGUCAAGACACUGAGAGCGCAGCUUCUGCGCCCAGUCGCCGCACCUCCCGUGCCUCAGAUCCCUCCGAUGUACCGCAAGGGCAAAGGUCGACUGCCUACCACCCCGCCCCUACGCAACAAAAACACCCAGCGCCCGGCAUUCGAGGUUCCGAAGCUCGCUCUGCACUCCCCGAACGCAUGGGAGGAGGGACGACCUCCCGUGGAGAUCAUUCUCGAGGGCGACGAGUGGGACGCCCGCAGCAUCGUUGAGAAUUGGGGAAGCGGCAUCCGCAGAGGACGCGGGAAGAGCCCGAGCUACUACGACGACGACGAGGACUUCUUCUUCUAA